AACGAAAAAGACAAAGUAAAUUAAUGAAAAAGAGAGAAAACCUCGACUGUUGCCAUCGGGUUCAAGUAAAUAUCCGGCUUGAAUCCAUCAACUAACUUAGAUUUCGCAAUCAACUGGCUUGGCAGAGGCUAGACUCCUUGAAUCCAUCGGCCUGCGCAACCAUGGACACUCAAAGGAGGAGCUGCUUGUGAAUCAAAGAGUAGGGUGUGGGUAUGAAACGAUUGAGGAAAUUGGUUUUGGUGAACUGGUUUCAGUGGAGUGCGAGGCUUGAGGGUGGUCUAGUAUAUGAGAAGAAGGUCGGGUAAAGGAGCUGUGAUCUUAGUCUCUUGAGGGAGAUGGGUCUGCUAUUGAUUGCAAGUGGGUGUGAUGUUGUGGCGAUCUCAGAUGGCGGUAGUGAUAGUAAUGUCAAUGGGUUUCGGGUAAGUUGCAAAGGGACAAUCUGUGAGCGAUAAACCAACUUGUGUCUUUGGUGUUGUGAUGCAAAGGGUUGGUAUGAAUGAGCAGAGGGAGAGAUGGGUUCAAUGGUGUGCCAGCGUUAAAGGUCAUUACAGAGGUUGCUUCACUUGCAGAGGAGGCGGGUUCGAUGGUGGCAUUGGGUUUCUUCAAUUUGGCAAUUGCGUUUGCAAAGUUUAGGCAUUUUAUGAGGUUGUUCAUCGUUUGUGCUACUUCUUUAAUUGGUAAUGGCAGUUUCGAUAGAGCCCGUGAAGCGAUGCGAAUUAUGGACAGGAGCUUUGCUGAGAUUGGGAGGUUGGUAUGAUUACUGAGAUGUAAAUUCACUGUUGGAGACAAACUAAAGUAAAAUUUUUUAUGAUAUCAGCUUACAGUA